AUGGCUACUGCCAAGCACUCCCCAGUUGUAGCAACCGGAUCAGCGGAAGCAGACUUCCAUUCACCACUAGUGGCUGAGUGCAGCUUGCUGCAAAGUUCAGAUUGUAGUUCACAUGUGCCGUGCUUGCUGGGGGAAGUACCUUCUUCGCCCUCAAGGGAACGCCAGCCAAGCCUGGAACCGAAGCCCCUACCGACACCUCCUGUAUCAAGUGUUCAGGAAAAAGUGGAGGCAGGGGGACACUCCGAAAGGGAGACAGCAACAACGGCAGCUGCAACACCCCCCGUCAGCCACGCUGGGGUUCCUCCUAUUGCAGAAAAAGUCAGAAAAACGGAAACUCAUCCUGGGCGAAGCAUCAGUAAUACAUCUGGAAGAGUUGAGCCUAACGUAGUCGCAAGCUCUCAAAAGCGAGUACAACCGCCUCAAACCCCAGGAUUUGUGGGCAAAGUUUAUCAAAAUUGUAGAGAACCUACAAGCGAGUACGAAGACGUCGAAGAGAAUACAGAGGCGCUCGCACUGCUGCGCCAUAGCGAGGUGUCCUUUGUAUGCGUUAGGGCGCUUGUCUCCUUCUUGGCUAGUUGUUGCACCGUCAGUCACUUUGGAAGCGAUGAGCGGCUACAACAGGCAAACGACCUUUCUACCUCACCAUUCCACUGCUCAUCCAGGCCGCACAUUGGACUCGAGGAAUACUUGGUGAAGCGGAUUUUUCGGCAUGGCAAACAAACCAUAAACGAAGGAGUGAUGGCUGUUGCUCUCCUCAGCCGGUUCCUUUGCAAGCAAAACGCGUUGCUUUCUGCUGCACUGCGCGAAAACAGUCACCAGCAGCGCCUGCAACAACACUUGGAUAGUUGUAGCAGGGAUGCAACAGUUCGUGACAAGGAUGCGAGGCAUGGGUCGGCAAUAGCCAGAGCUACUUCAGCCACCGAGGGCUUUUCAGCAACAGCGGCUCGCAUUGGAUACAUAGAGUUCAACUACUUGACUGCCCAUCGGCUGCUCUUGACUGCAGCAUUCUUGGCAAGGAAAACACACAGGGACGACCACACAAGCAUAAGGCACUGGGCUCAGCUCGGCGGGGUUCCAGUCGAAGAUCUGGUAGAGGCAGAGUCCGCAUUCGUGCAAGUUGUCGAAUGGCGGGUCCAGGUGACACUCGACGAGUUCUUCAGCACAGCCUUGGCGAUUUCACUUGGCGACCCGCGCCUUCUAGCGAAGCAGGGAGAGCUACAGCCUGUGCGGGGGAAUCCUGCUACAACGGCGGUGUAUGUUCGUGAACAUGCGUUGUUACUGCAACAACAAGCUGAUCUGACAACGCCUACAACGCUUCGAGGUCUCCAAGCACAGGAGCAGCUUCAUCAGAAGACUGCUCUUGACAAAAUGCAACUGCAGCAAACCGAAGAAGUUCUCACCUGCUGUAUGUGCUUCUCAUGCUGCAUGCUGCAGCCUGGGCAGGUUAAGCAGAGGAACGUUGGGUUGCCGUUUGCAGAUGUAGCUCCUCCUGAAGGGCUCGCAUCCUCGCAAGUUGAGAACGAUGUGCUGAACAAAAGCGAGCCAAUUGGUUUUCCUCUUUCAUCUACUUCGAAGCAAUUUCGGGAAACAGCACGCUAUAGCCUCAAGACAGGAAGCAAAGUUGGUCCGCUAGAUCUGCCUCAGUCACCAAGUGGAGAUGAGAAUCUAAGUACAACAGACGCAACACAAGCGCCUACCAUGUGGAAACUCAGUAGAGCUUUGAAUCAGCAUGAAUGUACCGCUAGGAGCACUGCCUGUGCAGCAGAUGAUUGCAGCCAUUCCCCUAGCGCUUCAGUAAAGCCGCACGACACCAGCAGCUGCGUCCUGCAGGAAGAUAUUCUUCAAAGUAAAGGUCGGCGUCAUUUUAAGGCGUACCCCCUUCGCACUUUUAAAAAAGAAGAAACGAAAGUUCCAGCCGCCCAUACAAAUCUUCGGGCGGGUCUAGCUCCAACUCAGUGA